AUGGAACCCACACUACUUCUCAGCACCUCAAUACUACUCACACUAACAGUCAUCCUAACCCCCACCCUACUCCCCCUUCUAUCAAAAAACUUCCAAAACUCUCCAACCACCAUCACACGAACCAUUAAAACCGCCUUCCUAAUUAGUCUAAUACCAAUAACACUAUUCCUCUACUCAGGCACAGAAAGUAUUACCUCCACCUGAGAAUGAAAAUUCAUCAUAAACUUUAAAAUCCCCCUCAGCUUCAAAAUUGACCAAUACUCCAUACUAUUCUUCCCCAUCGCACUAUUCGUAACAUGAUCCAUCCUCCAAUUCACAGCAUGAUACAUACACUCAGAGCCAUACCUCAUAAAAUUCUACUCCUACCUCCUAAUAUUCCUAAUCGCCAUACUAACUCUAACCAUCGCCAACAACAUAUUCCUCCUAUUCAUUGGCUGAGAAGGCGUAGGAAUCAUGUCAUUCCUACUAAUCGGCUGAUGACAAGGUCGAGCAGACGCCAAUACAGCCGCACUCCAAGCUGUACUCUACAACCGAAUCGGGGACAUCGGCCUUAUCCUAAGCAUAGCCUGACUUGCUUCCUCCAUAAACACCUGAGAAAUCCAACAAGCUUUUACCAACACCCAAACCCCCACCCUGCCCCUCCUAGGCCUCAUUCUCGCCGCCACAGGAAAAUCAGCCCAAUUCGGACUACACCCCUGACUACCUGCAGCCAUAGAAGGCCCAACCCCAGUCUCCGCCCUACUCCACUCAAGUACUAUAGUGGUUGCCGGGAUCUUCCUCCUCAUCCGCACCCACCCAAUACUCACCAAUAACCAAACUGCUCUCACCCUAUGUCUAUGCUUAGGAGCCCUAUCCACACUUUUCGCCGCCACAUGUGCCCUUACACAAAACGACAUUAAAAAAAUCAUCGCUUUCUCCACAUCUAGCCAACUAGGCCUAAUGAUAGUAACAAUUGGACUAAACCUUCCACAACUAGCCUUCUUCCACAUCUCAACACAUGCCUUCUUCAAAGCCAUACUAUUCCUAUGCUCAGGGUCUAUCAUCCACAGCCUAAACGGAGAACAAGAUAUCCGAAAAAUAGGGGGCCUACAAAAAACACUCGUUAAAACCACCUCCUGCCUGACUAUCGGCAACUUAGCACUAAUAGGAACCCCAUUCCUAGCCGGAUUCUACUCAAAAGACCUUAUCAUUGAAAACCUAAACACCUCUUACUUAAACACCUGAGCACUCCUCCUCACACUCCUAGCCACAUCAUUCACCGCCACCUAUAGCCUACGCAUAACCCUCCUAGUUCAAACAGGAUUUACCCGCAUCCCUACAACCUCCCCAAUAAACGAAAACAACCCAACCGUCACCAACCCAAUCACCCGCCUCGCCCUAGGUAGCAUCAUAGCCGGCCUCCUCAUUACAUCCUACCUCAUCCCUACAAAAACCCCCCCAAUAACCAUACCCACAGCUACAAAAACCGCAGCCAUCAUCCUCACAAUCCUAGGUAUCAUUCUAGCCCUAGAACUCUCAAACAUAACCCACACCCUAACUCAACCAAAACAAAACACCCUCUCAAACUUUUCAAACGCACUAGGUUACUUCAACCCCCUAACACAUCGACUUAACUCCACAAACCUACUAAGCAGCGGACAAAACAUUGCCUCCCACCUAAUCGACCUAUCCUGAUAUAAAAAGAUAGGCCCCGAGGGACUUGCCGACCUGCAACUCAUAGCAACCAAAACCUCAACCACCCUACACACCGGACUAAUCAAGACAUACCUAGGAACAUUCGCCCUAUCCAUCCUAAUUGUCCUAUCAACAUAUAGA